AGUUCAUGCUCGCAGACUGCUACUUGAUCAUCAGGCAUAGUAGCUACAUAUAUAGCAGCUAGCUAGCACACACCUUGAUCGAUCAAUUAUAUUCAUUAGUAGCUAGCUAGCAGCUAGGAAUAUAUAUAAUGCCUCAGACGCCGUCGACCCGUUGGUGCCCGACUCCGGAGCAGCUGAUGAUCCUGGAGGAGAUGUACCGCAGCGGCGUGAGGACGCCGAACGCGGCGGAGAUCCAGCAGAUCACGGCGCACCUCGCCUACUACGGCCGCAUCGAGGGCAAGAAUGUCUUCUACUGGUUCCAGAACCACAAGGCACGCGAGCGCCAGCGUCUCCGCCGACGCCUCUGCGCCCGCCACCAGCAGCAGACCCAGCCCGCCGCCGUGGCUCCUCCUCCCGGUCCCGGUCCCGGUCCCGGUCCCAGUCCGGCCGGCGGCAGCAGCGCCGCCGGUGUGCACCCGGCGGUGAUGCAGCUGCACCACCACCACCCCUACGCAACGUGCAGCUUCAUGCCGCACCACCCCCACCACCUGGGGGGCUACUUGGGGCACCAGCAGCAGCAGCAGCAGGCAGCCACCCUUCCAGCUGUUCCGGCAGCUGCAGGAGCUGGAGGCAAGGCUAUGCUGAGCAACCAUCAGCAGCCGGAGUGGGAGACGAUGGAGCACUGCAACGCCACCGCAUCCGGCGGCAGCUCCGACGAGCUGCCGCCAUGCUGCCGUCGCCCUCUGAAAACCCUGGACCUCUUCCCCACCAAGAGCACUGGCCUCAAGGACGAGUGCAGCAGCUCCAAGUCCUCCUCCUGCUCUACAUCCACCAACUAAUAAUCUAGAUUAUAUAUACUCCACAUUAUUAAUUAUUAUUUAGUUUCUGAUGUCAUGCAUGUCUACCUUACUUCAUCGAUCUACUAGUAGUGCUUCCAUCGAUUUGCAAGCUUAAUCGUACGUACCGGUCAUUAUUCCAGCAUUAUUGUGUUAGUUAACGUUGUAACGCUAGCUAGCUAGUAGCUAGCUGCUUCCGUUGUCAGCUUCAAGUACCUCCAUAUCCAUCUACCUGCUGGGUUGUUUUAUCACAUUGCAUCAU